UAGAUAGAUUAUUAUUAGGCUACGUCGCUAGAGUGAAGUGUUAUAUCUAGACCCUUGAAUUAUACCUAAAAAUAAAAGAUAGAUCUGAAAUAAAGAUUUUCUUAAUUAAAUUGAAGUAGAUAAAUUAAUUUUAGGUUCAAAUGCUUUGAUACUAAUGUUGAACUUAUAAAAUACUAAGAUAAAUCCCUAUCAACAAUUUUCAAAAUUUAAAUUACAUUCAAAGAAGAAUUUAAUUAAUUAAAGUAACUAACCUUAUUUUAGAUUCCUCACCUGAU